UGCAAGUGGACCACUCUCUCGCAGUCCUGAGCCGGGUCGGCAAAUAAUGACGCAAUCGAACCGGUACGGCGUUCUGCAACUUGACCUCAGCAUCGCGGGUUGCAAUCGUGUUGUUUCGGUAUUUCCUUAGCCGGGCAUAGUGCCUUGGAGCCCAGACGUGGGAUUUCUCGUUCCAAUAUCCAUCCACGGCCACAACCCUCAUGGUGAUGACCAUUGCCUUGAUCCUCAUAGGCCCCCCCACCCCCAUCCGGUCAUCCUUGACAACCUCGCCAAAGCUGGAGCCGUUCGCCUCGCGUCACUAGGCUGCCUACGCCCUAUUUUUUUUCCUUCUCUCCCACGCAGCACGCGAGAAGAUCGUAUAAGUCACACGAAACAGCACGAGAGGAGGCAGAAACGGGCCCCAACAGGCGAAUCACACGUCGAGGAUUUCAAAUCAGAUGUCCUCUUGACACCCUCAUCCCAGACAAGCAUGCGCCAGAUCCCGCACUAAACGUCGGACAAGCAUCAGACGGACACAAGUCUCGAGGACCCUGCAGCGUCACCACUCUGCCACUCUGCGAGCAAUUGCAAGCUCCAGCCGAACCACUGCUACCUACUGUACCCACACCUCCCUCGGUCUCGCGAGCCCAAUCAACAUCGUAGGACCUGGGACGCACCGCAGCCCACCGAGCUGGUGGUGUCGACGUGACCCUGACUACUGCAUGUGCCUACCAGUUCAACAGCUCGAUACCACGGUACACCCAGCACCCACUCCCAGGCCUUGUCCGACAGUGUUGACUACCAAGGCGCCCCGUGAUAGCUGAGACCUGGGCAUCACCAGAAACAGUGGGACUCGGAAAGUCCUUCAGUUUUGUCUCCGUUUGUGCCAGCUUGCCCACCCCCCCUCCAGCACCGCCCCCCCAGCUCCGUUUUCUCCCAGACACUUCUCCCGUCUCCUCGUGAUGUCGAUGAUCCUCUCAGCAUAUGAAAAUUUGUCCAGCACCCAGGCAUCUGCCCGGACAUCAGCCUGCCCAGGCCUCCUUGACCUCCUGCCCCCUCCGCAAAUAUGGAGAGUCAAGAUCUUCCUGAUACCACAAAGAUGACGGCCUCCCCCGCCUUGUCGCUGUCCAUCCUCAACUCGGAUCCGAAAUUUCUUCCUGGCCCUUCACUCCUGCAUCAACUCGUCCGUGACAGCUCGACGCCUGGAGAUGCCCUCGACUACUGUGCCCCGGACGGGGCCCGCACGAGACUUUCAUAUUCAGAGCUUCAUAGUCAAGCUGAGAGACUGGCGACUAGGAUAGCGAACAUCCUUGAGGACCACCAGGGGCCCGGUCAGAAUGUCGUCCCGCUACUCCUACCACAGAGCCCUGUCUUGUACAUAUCACAGCUCGCUAUUUUGAGAGCUGGCGCGGCUUUCUGCCCUCUAAACCUCGAUGCGCCUCCCGAAAGGACAAGAUUCAUCCUGGGCGAUGUCGACGCGAAGCUCAUCGUUACUUCUACGGCUCUCCGCCACAAGGUCGAUUUCCUCGAGCCUGAUGUGACAGUGCUGGUGGUUGACGGCGACGGAGCCCAUCACGAGCGGAGGCAUCACCUUGGCGUGCUGCGAGAAGCCACACCGGAUACGCUCGCCUAUGUCAUGUAUACGUCUGGUUCAACGGGGACACCCAAAGGAGUCGGAAUCUCGCAUUCCGCCGCGACUCAGGCUCUCCUGGCUCAUGACCGCCAUAUUCCACCCUUUUCCCGGUUUCUGCAAUUCGCUGCUCCGACAUUUGAUGUCUCCAUCUUCGAGAUCUUCUUUCCUCUCUUUCGAGGAACCACACUUGUUUGCUGCAGCAGGGCAGACAUGCUGAACGACCUACCCGCAGUCUUGAGGGAUAUGCAGGUGGACGCGUGUGAACUCACACCCACGGUGGCCGGUAGCCUCUUGAGGAGCCGGGCCAACGCCCCCGGGCUCCAACUGCUUUUGACAAUAGGGGAGAUGUUGACAGUUCCCGUAAUCAGGGAAUUUGGAGGAGAUGAGCACAAGCCCAGUAUUCUAUGGGCCAUGUACGGCCCAACUGAAGCCACCAUCCACUGCACCAUCCAGCCGUCCUGUGAAGCAUCCUCGUCUCCUCGAAAUGUCGGAUUUCCCUUAGACACCGCAUCUGCUUUCAUCCUUGAGCCCCUUUCCGAAACUGGUUCCGGAGACUUCAAGGUGUUGCCAUAUGGCCAGACGGGCGAGCUAGCUGUUGGCGGCAACCAGACUGCGGUAGGCUAUGUCAAUAGGGAGGAGCAAACUUCACGAGUAUUCAUUGAGACACCACAUGGUCGCCUGUACCGCACAGGCGACAGAGCCCGCAUGCUCCAUAAUGGCACCAUCGAGUGUUUUGGUCGUAUUUCCGACGGUCAGGUCAAGCUCCGUGGCCAGAGAAUCGAACUUGGUGAGAUUGAGCAAGCUGUUCUCAGCACUCCGGAAUGCCGCGGCGCGGUAGCAUCAGUUUUACGAGGCAUCAUCGUGGUAUUCUGUGAGCAUGACUGUCCAGAUGAGUCGAUCACAGAGGACCUGUUGAGAACAUGCCGGAAGUGGUUGCCUACAUUCAUGGUGCCAGGGGAUUUCGUGCUCCAGAAGGCUUUUCCGCGCUUGCCUUCUGGAAAGGUUAAUCGCAAGAAACUCGAGACGGAUUACGAGAUGAAAGUUAGCGACACUGCGUCAUCAAUGAGUGAAUACAGCGACAACGUGGAACGCGAGAUGGCAAAAGUCGCCCACAGCGCCAUGGGUAUCCAGUUGCAGUCAUCUUCGGUCCUUUCUACCGCAGGUGUAGACUCUCUUGCAGCCAUCAAGCUAGCGUCUUGUCUUCGCCAGGCCGGAUUUGCUGUUACGGCUAUUGACGUGCUCAAGUCCAACACGCUUUCGGACUUGAGGUCACUCACGCCGCAGAAGAGCCGUGCUGAUAGCGCCGUUGAACUUGUCGAACAGCCCCAAGCUUCGGAAGCCCCUGCCACAAGUUGGAAGGAGCUUCUGAAGGAGAACCCAGUGUUAUCAGGAAGUCUUGGCGCUAUCGAGGGUAUUUUGCCCUGCACUCCAACGCAAAUGUCGAUGUUGGCGGAGACUCUAGACAAUAGUGAGGCAUAUUGUAAUUGGAUUGAGCUUCAAGUUCUCGGCGAUCAUUCUGUCGACACCAUUGCGCUAUGGCUCCGACAGCUUGCUGACAAGAACGAGAUCUUGCGUACGGGAUUCGCUCCUAUAAGUGGCAAUUACAAACAAGUCAUCUGGAAAGAGCUUCAUGCAAGCCAGAUUUGCACUGUCGGCAGCCUGCGCAGGAGUUUUCGACUCGAGGAACCUGAUCUGCUUAGACCAUUCAUGGUACAAAUCCUGAGGAAUCAGCCACGUAAGACCAGCGUGCUGCUCCAGAUACAUCAUGCCCUUUACGAUGGCUGGUCGUUCGACAUACUCUUGGCUGACCUCAAUCUCCUCCAAGAGGGUGGCCUGGUCAACGGACGGCCAUCAUUUCGGCUUGUCUCGGAUUAUUACCAGUCCGCUGGGUUCCUACAUGAUGCCAAUGCCGCACGUGCCUACUGGGCAGAGGAGCUGUUGAACUACCAGCGGAACCCGAUGCCACAGUUGCUGGCGACCAAAGAAACCACCGGCCAGCAAUUUUGCGCUGAGCGCAUCUUGCAAACAAAGGCUCCAGCCAUCCUGAAUGCUUCGGCACAGCUCGAAGUCGGCGCGCAGGUACUUUUUCAGGCUUGCGUGGUCUGGCUCUGGGCACACAUCUUAGGCACCGAAGAUGUCGUGAUUGGCAACGUCACCUCGGGUCGUACCAUCCCCGUCCAGGGCAUUGAGAACGUCAUGGGCCCAUGUCUCACGACGAUCCCCAUGCGAUCAAGGAUUAAACAAAUGCGGACCAUUAGAGAUCUCCUCGAAAACAUUCACAUGUCGAAUCGGGAAGGUCUUGCUCAUUGCACGCUGCCGCUCGCUGAAAUCAAAAAGGCUGCUGCCUUGAUGCCGGGAGAACCUCUUUAUGACGUCUUGUUCGUUUAUCAGGAGUCUCUUCACAGUCGGUCAUCCGGUACAACACAAGCAAAUAUCAAAAAAGUCGCACAUGAAGAUCACCUCGAGACUAAUCUACUGGUCGAGAUCGAACCAGUUGACGAGGCUUUCCGACUUCGUGUGACCUACCAAAACGAUGCCUUCAAUCACGACUACGUGGAGUUGAUUCUUGGCCAAUUUGAUUGCGUCCUUGGUCAUAUCAUUCUGAAUCUUGGAUCCGAAACUUCAAGCAUUUUUGAGUGCUUCCCAAAGCAAAUGCGUUCGGAAUACAACACAGAAAUCGAGCAGUUCACGGGAUGUGCUGACCUGGCAACAUCGUUUGAGAGAAUGGCAGAGAGGGUACAUGCGAAACCAGCGCUCUGUUUCGCCGAAUGCAUCGAGAGCAACCGUACUGACCUGAAGUACGUCACGUAUUCAGAGUUGAAUGUUCUGGCAAACAAAGUUGCGAGACAUAUUCAAGUUUUGGGGGCAGCAGAAGGAGCUGCUGUGGCUAUCGUUAUGGAGAAGUCACCCAUGUUAUAUGCUGGUAUCUUGGGCAUCCUGAAAGCAGGUUGUGCAUACCUGCCUCUUCUUCCAAGCGCGCCACCGGCGAGGAUCACUGGCGUUUUGAAGCAGGCGAACGUGCGACUUUGCUUGUCCGACGGAAACUUUCAACACGAUGAUUGCAACCUUUCCGAAUGCGCUCUUGUUAAUUUACUCGAUGCAGAACUUGAAGGGUAUGACGGGAGCAACUUGGGAACCCCUGAAAACCCAGCGAGGGUCGCAAACAUCAUUUACACAUCAGGAAGUACUGGUGUACCCAAGGGAGUUUCAGUCACGCAACUGAACAUUACGAGCAAUUUGGACGUCCUCGCCAGGAUAUAUCCCGUCCAAAGCGACUCGCGCAUGCUCCAGGCCUGCUCUCAAGCGUUUGACGUCUCAGUCUUUGAAAUCUUGUUCGCAUUGACCCGCGGCAUGUGCCUUUGUGCUGCCAGAAACGAUAUUCUCUUUGCCGAUAUCGAGCUGUCAGUUAAGGUCAUGGAAGUGACACACUUGAGCAUGACACCAACCGUCGCAUCUCUAAUCAACCCCCAAAACGUGCCCAGGGUCGAAUUUCUCGUCACUUCGGGGGAGCCAUUGACCAGCGAGGUCGCAAGAAAUUGGAUGGGCAAGCUCUACCAAGGCUAUGGUCCGUCAGAGACAACCAACAUCUGCUCCGUGAAGAAGAUGUCUCCUCAAGAUCAAAUACGACAUCUCGGUCAUGUUCUGGGCAACACAUCCGCUUUUGUUGUUUCUCCUGACGGCUUGGACCUCCUGCCAAAAGGAUGUGUGGGCGAGUUCUGCUUCGGGGGCGAUCAGGUCGUCGCUGGAUACCUGAAUAUGCCUGGAAUCACCAGAGACAAAUUCAUUGACCAUCCGCGGUACGGUCGUAUCUAUCGAUCUGGUGACAUUGGUCGCAUGCUCGUCGAUGGAUCGCUGCUGAUCGUUGGACGAACUGAUGACCAAGUCAAGCUACGUGGUCAGCGGAUAGAGCUUGGGGAAGUCAGCGCAACAGUCGCUCUUUCGGACGAAGUCUCCAACUGCACAGUAAUGUUGGUCAAUAACGGAAGACAACUGGCUUGUUUCUAUGUUCCGCGAUCAGCACAAGAGCAGAACUUCAGAGUUCUCCCUGCCGGGAAAGAGUCAGCGAGGACCAAGGAGUCGAUAGACCGUGUGAUGCUAUCUCGACUCCCGGGAUACAUGGCACCAUCCUAUCUGAUCCCCCUCUCAACAAUUCCGAUGACUUCUUCUGGCAAAAUUGACAAGGGCAGACUUGGCAGCCUUUUCGACAACUUCGAUCCCCAUGAGUUGGAGCUCUUUGGUGUGAACGUUGAAAGCGGAGAUAAUCAUGACGAUUGGUCCGAAGACGAGCGCAAGAUCGCCAGCGUGGUGGCUAAGGCUCUGGGCGUGCGCCUUCAGCAAGUCGGAAGGUGGACGCCGCUCACUAGCUUGGGAUUGGACUCCAUAUCUGCAAUCUCAGUGGCGAGAGAAUUGCAAGGUGCCUUUUCUCAGAAACUACCCAUCUCUGUCAUUUUGCAAAAUAGUUCUACAGCGAAGCUUGCUGCGCUGCUCUACGGACAGGCAGCAAGAAUUCACCCAAGGACACGCCAAUUGGGUAUGUUUCCGCCGGAAUUUUGCGAGGAAAUUCGAAGAUCGUCCCAUUCGAAAAACCUCGAAGUCGAAAGCAUUUUGCGAUGCACGCCUCUUCAGGAGGCGAUGCUGGCAUCUGCUGACGGCAUCGCGUCAUACCUCAAUAAGAUGCUCUUCCGUCUCAGAGUUGACCCUGAAGCAAUGAAGAACUACUGGGAAGAAAUGUUCCAAAGACAUGCUAUCCUGAGGACAAGCUUCUAUAGCACUGAAGACCGAGAAAACGUCAUCGCCCAAUGUAUCCUCAGGGUCUGGACACCUGACUGGUUUGCAUUCGAUGCGGAUGCCACGUCGCUUGAAGAAGCAAUCAGAACACAUGCGAUGACUCUGCCCAAUCCUGUGGAUUCUGGUGUACCGCCAGUAUCUUUAGCAUUCAUCCGGAAAGGCCCCAUUACCUACCUGUCCUUCGUCUGUCACCAUGCCAUGUAUGACGGUGUCGCAAUGUCACGGCUUCUCGAUGAAAUCGAGCAGAUCGCGUCUGGUUGUGAACUUCAACAUCCUCCGUCAUACCGUGACUUCUUGGAGGAAGUGAUGGCUCUACCCGAAACCACUGACAAGUUCUGGCAAACACAUUUGCGAGGACUGGAGCCGAAGACAUUGUCACAGUCAUCAGGGAAGGACUGUGGUCGUUGUAUCACGACAAGAGUUCUGGAUAUGUCUUUUUCCAGCAUCGAACGGCGCUUGAGAAUGCUCAAUGUCUCUCUAUUGUGCCUUCUGCAGGCAACAUGGAGCAGUCUGCUUGGAGUCAUCCAGGAUUCUGAUGACGUCUGUUUUGGGAAUGUUGUCAACGGUCGCAGCAGCAUGGUUGACAGAGUUGAUGAGCUCGUUGCACCAUGUUUCAAUACUAUUCCAGCGCGUGUACAGCUCCGCGAUAAAAGAAGGAAUAUUGAUCUGGUUACCUUUUUCCAGGACCUUAACCCCAAAUUUCUCCAUUAUCAGUUCACGCCACUGCGGCGUAUUCAGGCAUCGUGCUCGAAGGCUUCGAAGCUGUUUGACACUCUGUUGCUGUUACAGCAAACUCCAAAGAAGCUGAAUGAGAGCAUCUGGACUUUGGAAAGAGACGAUGGAGAGAUGGACCUGCCCCUGGUCUGCGAGGUCACUCCGAUAGAGCACAACGGAGAUCGGAAAUUGGAGGUCAAGCUGCAUUUUGACCGUGUGUACGUUCCCGAUACGGCUGCUAUGUUCAUACACGACACAUUUUCGUACAUCAUCUCCAGCAUGCUAGACUUCCCUUGGUCACAAAUUACUUCCAGGCAGUCGUUGCCGUCUCCACUUCAAGCAAGGUUGGACAGGCUUGGCCUCGUCCACAAGUCAAUCAGAGGUAAAAAAAGCGACCUCUCAACUUUGGGGACGCAAGAUGAAUGGUCCGACUCCGAAAAGGCCGUUCGCACUGUGCUUUCGGAUAUCUCAAAGUCACACCCUGCCAGCAUCAGUCGGCACAUGACCAUCUUCCAGCUCGGACUAGACAGCAUCAACGCAGUUCAGGUGGCAGCCUCAUUGCGCAGGGCUGGAUUUGCCGGGGCUACAGCCAUGGAUGUGCUGGAGAAUCCGACGUGCUCGACUUUAGCAGCGAAGAUUUCGGCAGGGAAAUCUUUCAGCGGCAGCCCAGCAGAGUAUGACAUGACUGCUUUUCAGCAGGCGGCCAAGGCCUUGUUGAAUGACAAUGUCUCCAGCUGGGAGUCCGUUCAAGCCGUUCUGCCGUGCACGCCACUUCAGGUGGCAAUGCUCACUCAGUUCUGCAAUUCAAACGGCAAGGAUUAUUUCAACUUCAUCAGCUUCCGGUUUGAGGAAAGCAUCGAUAGCUCAAAAAUAGCGAAGGGUUUGAAAAGGCUGGUCCAGUCCCACCCAAUUCUGCGAUCGGGAUUCAUUGCGAUUGAUCACAGAGACGUAUCAUUUGCCAUGCUCCAGUACAACUUUGAGGAGGCGAAGGUCCAGAAGAAUAUUCUAUUCGAACCUCACGGCUUCAAAUUACCGGAAUGGCAGCUAGCAGUCUCAAAACAGGCGCUUGAAAACCUGCACGAGCCUCCGUGGACCGUUGCUGUUGUUCCGGGCAACGAGGGAGUCGAUAUGCACCUCGCAGUUCAUCAUGCGGUGUACGACGCUUUCUCACUCCGAAGCUUGAUGGAGAGUUUGGAGGCAACAAUCUAUGAUGAGCCUCUCGACACUGAAACACGACUUGUGCCUGUCGUGAGAGAGAUCAUGACAGAAGUGCAGAGAUGCAGGGAAGACGCUCCUGACUUCUGGAGAAAGCUAGCACCUGAUGCUGUCAUUAACAAGUUCCCAGUCAUGACACCACUUAGAGAAGAGCCCCGGAGCAUCUUGGCCAGACGAAGAUCUUGCACCUUGUCUGUCGAAGCUCUAUCAGCGGCUGCUCAGAACGGGGGCUUCACUAUCCAGGCAGUGGCGCAAGCAGCGUGGUUAAGAAUUCUCUCGUCGUAUAUCGGGGAGCCUUCUGUCGUCUUUGGAACAGUUCUCUCUGGCAGGAACUCUGACGCAACACACAAGGCAGUGUUUCCAUGCAUCACGACUUUGCCCGUUAUCGCCCAGCACUCGUCCUCAAAUCGUGUCCUUCUCCAAGCCAUGAUGAAGUACAAUAUGGCAGUCCAACGACACCAAAGGACCCCAUUGGCGGAAAUCCAGAAGUACCUUGGUCAUCCUAACACGAGAAUGUUCGACACACUCCUAGUUUACCAAAAGUUUGACGGACCGGGGCAGAAAUCGAAGCUGUGGUCUGUGAUUCAUGAGGAGGCCCAUGUCGACUACCCAGUGUCCAUUGAAAUAGAGCCUGAUCAGGAUUGUCUGCAGCUCUGCCUCACCUUCUUCAGCGAUGUGUUGCCAAUAGAACAGGCAGAAAUCUUGCUGGAACAAUUUGACGUUGCCUUGUGCGACUUGGCGGAACACCCUGAUGGUUGUGAUGAGGAUCUCCUCGAGAACCAUGCGGACCUGUUUGCUAUCACACCUGCGGAACAGCCUGAGUUGGUGUCCGACACGACCCUGCUCCACGGAUUUGUCGAGACCAGCGCUGCGAAAUAUCCCAAUAAAACGGCUCUGGAAUUUGUUAUGGGCUUCGAUGGCAGGCGCCCAAUAUCUCAACGGUGGAACUACAAAGAGCUGGACCAAUUCGGGAACAGGGUCGCCAACAUACUGUCCAUGCAUGUCAAAACGGGUGAUAUCGUGGCCAUUUGCUUCGAAAAAUGCCCUGAAGCGCACUUUGCGAUGCUUGGAAUUCUCAAAGCAGGCUGUGCACUGCUUGCUCUAGAUCCAGGGGCGCCGUCGUCUCGCAAAGAGUUCAUCGUGAGAGAUUCGGGUGCAGCAGUCAUGUUGACAGACAGAACGACAGUCAAAGCAUUGGAUUUCAAAGUACAAGUUCCAGUUAUCACAAUUCAUCAAGACAGUCUGGGCUCGGUGGAAGCUUCGAAACCCAAGCUCACUCGCCCGUUGGUACCGGGCGACAGAAGCUACUGCCUCUAUACUUCCGGGACAACAGGAACCCCUAAGGGCUGCGAAAUCACGCACGAAAACGCUGUGCAGGCAAUGCUUGCCUUCCAGAAAUUGUUCCAAGGGCAUUGGGACGAAAGCUCAAAAUGGCUGCAAUUCGCAUCUUACCACUUCGAUGUGUCCGUUCUGGAGCAGUAUUGGACAUGGUCCGUCGGCAUCACUUUGGUCGCAGCUCCUCGAGACGUAAUCCUCGAGGACCUCGCGGGCACAAUCUCCCGCCUCGAGAUCACACACAUCGACCUCACGCCCAGUCUAGCUCGCUUGCUGCACCCGGAAGAGGUUCCCAGUCUUUGCAAAGGGGUCUUUAUCACUGGCGGAGAGCAAUUGAAGCAGGAGAUCCUCGAUGUGUGGGGCCCAAAGCGCGUGAUCCAUAACUUCUAUGGACCGACUGAGGCAACCAUUGGAGUGACCACAUACCCUUGCGUGCCUGUCAAUGGACGUUCAUCAAAUAUCGGGAGGCAGUUUGCAAAUGUAGGCUCCUACGUCCUCCGACCGAACACGGAAAUUCCUGUGCUACGUGGGGGAGUGGGCGAGCUCUGCGUCUCCGGCAAACUUGUUGGCAAAGGCUAUCUCAACAGAGAGGAGCUGACAGCAGAACGUUUUCCAUCUCUCGGGGUGUUCAAAGAGCGCGUUUACCGAACCGGGGAUUUGGUCCGCCUGCUCCACGAUGGCUGCUUUGACUUCCUCGGCCGAGCUGACGACCAAGUCAAACUUCGUGGUCAGCGUCUUGAAAUCGGAGAAAUAAACCACUGCAUCAGAAGUGCUGUUCCGGAAAUCACAGAUGCUGUCACGUUGGUGAUCCGCAACGAUAAACAACAGAAAGAUUUACUGGUGUCGUUUAUCGUUGCGGCUCAAGAACAAGCUCAACAUGCCAAGAAGCUGCAGAUCAUGACCGGAGAUGACGCCCAAAGACUCAGCCGAAAUGUGAAGCGUGCGUGUCGGGAUAAGCUCCCGGGAUACAUGGUUCCCACAUAUGCCCUGGUGUUGCCUUUCAUCCCGCUGUCUCCAAACAACAAAGCCGAGGUAAAGGAACUUAGGGCUCUAUUCAACACUCUUUCUCAUGAACAGCUUGUGGGCUCAUCUCAUGCCCUGGACAGCGGCGACCUUGGAGAGACUGGUAGGAAAAUAUGCAGAGCGCUGAGCAGAAUUUAUGGAGUACAAGAAGGGGCGAUCUUGCCGUCGACAAGCACCUUUGAACUCGGCGUCGACUCUAUUUCUGCUAUGAAUUUGACGAGAGGGCUCAAGCUCGAAGGCUUCAGUCACGUAACGGCCGCUGUGAUCCUAAAGAAUCCCGUGGUUGCAGAUCUAGCGCGUGCGCUACAAUCCUUGCAGAGAACAAGCGAGGAUGCGACCAGUCUGCUGGAGGCAUCGCAGGCGGUUCAAGCUUGCCAGCACCGGCACAAAGGCUAUGUGUGCAGGAAGCUCGAAGUCGAUCCAGGAGAGUUGGAGUAUGUGGCACCUUGUUCGCCGCUGCAGCAUGGUAUGAUCUCUCGAUCACGGACCGAUGGAAACGAAGGGGCGUACUUCAACACGUUCCGUUACGACCUGUCGAAUGCUGUUGAGUGGCAGAAACUCCAUGCUGCUUGGAAAGUCCUCGUACAAAAUCAUGCAAUUCUGCGAACCAAAUUUGUUUCGACCACAGAUGGAUUUGUGCAAGCCGCCACCAAGUCACAGGAAAUUCCAUGGGACGUCGUGUCGUUGGACUCGGGCCAUGACUUGGAGACGUUGCUGGCUGAAAGGCGCCAGUCUUGGAUCGACAACAACAGUCAGAACAUUGAGACACCUUUGCAAUUCCUGGGAGUUGAUGUUAACGGCAAACGACUACUGGCUGUGAACAUAUUCCAUGGGAUCUAUGACGCCAACAGCUUUGACUUGAUGAUUGAUGAGGUGGCUAGAGUCUACAACGGCAGCAAGAACACCAAAGUCAACCCACCAAGCUUCCUCCAUGCUCUCCUCAAUGGUCCGCUGAGGAAUCACUCAUUCUGCAAGAAAUUCUGGUCCAAAAAGUUUCAGGGUGUGAGAUUGAGGCCUCUGCCUCAGAUGUCUCACUCGCCGAGUAGUCAAGACAUCGUUGUCUCACGUCGGAUAGAGUUCGAGCCUCUUGACAAGGUACGGAAGUCACUAGGUGUAACACACCAAGCCAUUGUACAAGGUAUCUGGAUUUCAGUACUUCAUCAGUAUUGUGGCUUCCUUGUCACGAUUGGCAUCAUCGUAUCAGGCCGUUCUAUCGAGUUGGAAAACGUUGACAGGACGAUCGGGCCGCUUUUCAACACAAUUCCAUACCACCACGGCUCCACGCAGGGCCAGACGUGGGCUUCUGCGAUCCGAAGUUGUCAUGAUUUCAAUAUGGCAACACUGCCAUUCCAGCACGUGCCACUGAGGGAUGUUCAAAAGUGGUGCUCAGGAGGGGCUCCACUCUUUGAUACUCUGUUCUCAUUUCAGCGAGCAUCUUCUACUGACAGCACAAGCUCCGGACUGUGGACCGAGGUCGAGUCAAAUGUCAACGCUGACUAUCCUCUCGCCUUGGAAGCGACCCUUCUCCCAGACGAGUCACUGCGUGUCAUGAUCGUCGCACAUAAAGGUGUCGCUGAUGAGGCAGCACUGGAGGGCAUGGCCGACAAUUUCGAAGCCAAAGCUAAGGCUCUUGUGCACGAAUUGGACUGUCGCGCAUUCCCUGACAGCAAUGUCCAUGCUGCCGCCAUGCCUCUAGAAAUGGACGGCCCAGAAACCAGAAGCUCUCAUCCGCAGUCGGAGCCAUCGACAGUAGACCUAUCCUCAUUCAAUUGGUCGCCUCAGGCUGAUACGAUCAGAAAAGAAGUCACCUUAUUGGUCGAAUUAGAGGCUUCAUCUAUCACGCCGAACACAACACUUCUGGAACUUGGGCUUGACAGCAUCGACGUCAUCAAGUUGUCAGCAAGACUCAGGAGAGCUGGUAUCAUGUUGAGCAACAGUGAGCUGAUCAGAGGCCAAAGUAUCACAAAUUUCAUGCAUAUACUUCAGACCAAAGAGAACAAGGGCGACGGAAUUCAUGACAGCGGUUAUUCCUCGGAUGUCGAGGACUCCUCAGCAAACCUAAAGGCACACCUGAUGAAACAUGGCCAGGACCUGAGUGAUGCUGAGCUUGUUCUUCCACCAACACCCUUACAAGACUCCAUGGUUUCAGAGAUGAUUCAGUCAGGAUUUCAGCGGUACUUCAAUCAUGAUGUUCUCGAGCUAACACCUCAAGUUGAGGUCGAUCUGCUCAAGGAUGCCUGGGUCACCGUCGUCAACAACUCACCGAUCCUGAGAACUGUUUUCAUUGAAACGGUUGGGACAGAAUUCGAUUACGCGUACGCGCAAGUGGUAUUGAAGAACUCCCCACCUGCUUUCAGAGAGGUCGAGGUCGAUUCUACCGAUGACUUGUUAUCUGUAAUGGAGCAGGCGCGGAUGAAGGCUCGAACGGGCCAUGCGCGUUCAGAUCUUCUUCAGAUCACGUUUGCCAAAUCUAACCAUGGAUCAUACAUGAUACUAUCGAUUUCCCAUGCGCUUUACGACGGCUGGUCUCUUGGAUUGCUGCACAAAGAUCUCGAACUCGCAUACCACGGGAACUAUGCGACUCGCCCGCCAUAUGCCGAAUUUUUGCAUAAGACAGUCAGGUCUUUCAAGCAGGAAGCCAAGGAAUUCUGGUCAGACUAUGUCUCUGAUGCAGUCCCCACGAUGCUACAACCUCAGGGCCAGCAGAAACCUGCAGUCCACGUCAACAGGGCCGAGGUCCCACUCCCUCUCAAAGCUUCUGCCUUCAAGGAAUUCUGUAGGCGCCACGCGAUUAGCCAACAAGUUGUUGCACAAGCAUGCUGGGCCACUGUUCUGGCAAACCGCUCCAAGAGUCUCGACGUGGUAUUCGGCGUUGUCCUGUCUGGCCGAGAUACUGAGGCUUCCGAGGCGAUGCUGUUCCCUACAAUGAACACCGUGCCGGUGCGAGCAGUCUUGCACGGUUCGGUGCCCAAAUUUCUGCGGUAUAUGCAGGAGAACAUGACUGGGGUCGGCCAGUUCCAGAAUUACCCGCUGCGAAAGAUCCAAGCAUUGAUCAAAGCUCGCCAGCCGAGUCUUUUCAAUACGCUAUUCAUCAUGCAGAAGAGCAGCAUCGAUUCCUCGGCAACAACUCAAUACGGCAAAAGGCAGCCGCUCAUGAGAUCAAUCGAGAGUUCGUCCGCCGUUGAUUAUCCAGUGUGUGUAGAGAUGGAAGUCUCUGGGGAAGAGAUCGCAUGGCGCACAGCGUGUGAUGAUGGGUACCUGUCCGCUGAUGACACGAACCGCCUAUUGGAGGAUCUCGAGCGUGUUCUAAACUAUUUGAUCAAUUCAGCCGACGAAGAUGUUCUACAGUUCAGCGACUGUGGGGUUUCGGUCUGUGGCUUGCCCGCAUUCCAGCCGCAGAAUAAGAUGAGCGUGGAGCAGGAGCCAGUGCUGAGGCAACCAGGAGGUUUCCAAAGAGAUGGCGUGUGGUCAGAUCUGGAGGAUAGCAUCCGACAAGUUCUCUCCAGCAUGUCUGGAAUUGAGGAAUCGUCUAUUCGCAAGAACCAAAACAUCUAUCAUCUCGGUCUCGACUCCAUCAGCGCAAUCAAGGCCAGCUCAACGCUCCGUCAGCGGGGGAUCCAAGUCGGCGUGCGGGAUAUGAUACAGGCGACCUCUAUCAGUGAAAUGGCCACGAAAGUUUGCAAGAAUUCAGAAUCAAACUCUUUGGUGACUUCGGAUGGUCAAAGGCAAACCGUGCUACAAAGGCUGAAUGGACUUUACAGGGACAUUGGUUCCGAUGACCUACUCCAAUCAGCAGGCAUCGAUGCAAGCGAUGUGGAGGAGAUUCUGCCGGCCACAGCGAUGCAGACUCAUAUGCUCAGCGUCUGGCAGAACACACAGGGUGCUGUGUUCUUCCCUGAAUUCCGGUACCGCCUAUCUGGGAUUGCUGAUCAAGGCACAAUCGAAUCCUCGUGGAUGGAACUUGUUGAGAUGACACCGGCCCUAAGAACAGUUUUCCUCUCCACUGGCAGGCGUCAGAUGCCGGUGCUUCAAGUGAUUCUGCGGAAAACAGAUAAUCCGUUCGUAUCACUCGGGGUUCAGUCAGACGGUACGGGAAGCUGGGUGAUACAUCUCAAGAUCCACCACGCGCUCUAUGAUGGGAUCAGCCUGCCGCUGAUCAUGCGGCGCCUCAAGUCACUUCUCGGCAACAGGACCACCUUGGAAGAGCCCGUGAGUACGAUGGCAUCAUGGAGAGGGCUUGUAUCUUCCGCGCUGGACGGACAAGCACUGCCAAGCAGGAAACACUUCUGGACGGAUUACCUUGCUGGAGCUCAAUCCGUACCACUGCACCUGCCGAGCUCCACCAGCAGCACAACGCAGAACAAACGAGUGAGCAUUUUUAAACAAGCAGCUGUGAGCGACACGAGCAGACUUGGGGCUCUGUGUUCACAGCAUGGCAUCAGUAUCCAGUCUGCAUUCCUUGCAGCGUAUGCCAAGGUUCUCUCAUCAGUCUCAGAGCGCAACGACGUCGUAUUUGGUCUUUACAUCGCCAACAGGAGCGCCGAGCAGGAACUGCAGUUUCCAACACUCUGCCUUGUUCCCCUGCGCGUUAAACUUCCACCGGCCUUCGAUAUUGUCGAUGUCGCUCGCGCCAUCCAGCGGGACACAUUCAAGGUUUCGACACCAGAGAACGUGCUUGCUGGACUUUGGGAGGUCAAGGACUGGACCGAUGUCGUGGUUGAUUCCUUUGUGAACUUCUUGAGCCUGCCUGAGGACAAGUCCUCUAGACGGAUGGAAGAGGAUGGCGUUGAGCUCGAGUCUAUCCGUUUCGACGAGGCUGCAUUGCGCUCAGAGAAUGAGAGUUUUGCUUUUGACCCAAGGCCAGCGUCAUGGCUUGAGAAGAAUGUUGUCAGGGACGCAUAUCCGGAAGCGGUUGAUAUCGAGGCAUCCUUGGGAGAGAAUGGCGGUCUGGACAUCGGAGUGUUCGGUGGUAAUGGUAGACUGGGUGAACAUGGCGCAGAGGAUCUGUUGCGAAUGAUUGUCGACCUUUUGAGCAUAUAGGCGGUAGUCUGCCUUUGUCCGUUGACGUUGGUCUGUCCAAGGAUGGGUGUGAAACACAAUGAUUACGGGAGGCAACUGGACGGCGUGUAAAUUGGAGUUCGGGGUAUCACGGAUAAUUCUAUUACGGGUGGUUCGGUUUGAAAGCCGCGUCCAAAUCAUUUCUGUCGUAUGUUCUUUGGUUUCCGCUUCUUGAAAGUGACCGAGGGUAUGUCUGGGGCUCCUGGCGAGCCGGCAGCACUUACGCCGUCCUCAGUCUUGAGGGCAGGCUCCUCGCCCUUUGGACUGGGAUUUGUUGGCCUCUCUGUCGAUGCCGGAAGGCCUUCCUCCGGCGGUUCCUCCUUGAUCAAAGGCCGCUCCUCUUCUUCUUUGAGCGGCGCAUUUGCAACUGUAGAUUCGAAGUCCUCUUCUUUCUUCACCACGUCCUGUUCCUGCUUCUUGACCAGGAAAUCCCCGCUCAGUAGCGCUUCCAAGUCCGCGCUGCCACCGUCCCCAGCAGCCGUCCUGGAGUCCCGACCCCAGCUUCUUGGUUUCUUGAAGAGCCCUCUGAUGGCCUUGUCCUCCUCGAUAUCCUCGUCCGUACGCUCACGCUUGUGUACGCCACGUGCCGAGGCGCCCGGGUUGCUUGCGUCGGCGGACGUCUCUGUGACGAUCGUGGUAGAGGUGACCUGCCAGUCGCCCGCCAUGGCCAGGUCUUUCCUGAACUCGUCAGGGAGGCUGACCCCGAGGGAGGCAAGUUGUUCCGCCUGGCGCUUCCGCUCUGUUUCCGACAGCGGGCCGCCGGAACCUGCUCCUGCUGCUGAACUGGCCCCAGCCCCAGCCCCAGCCCCAGGCCUUGUCCUCCAGGAAGGCCCCGCCGUAGAUGUAGAUUCUGAGCCAUCGGAAGAGACGACACCGUUGAGACGCUCGAUCUCCCUCUUUGCACGCUCCUUUUCCCGCUCUUCCCGUUCGUGGCCACGGUGUAAGUCCCGCAGGGCGCGUUUGAUGGCACCCUGGUGCUUCGCAGUCGCGUCGUGGUUCUGCCGCUCGAGCUUGGUGUCACGGACGUAGACGGAGCAGUGCUUACACCAGUAUCUGGGGGUGGACUUCCAAUAUUCGGCCAUAUUGUUGGGUGUAAAGGGCAGAGAGAAGGAAGCUGGGCUGCAGGCGCCUAGAAUGGUGAAGGUGCUUCUUCUUGUCGUUUGGCAGUCUAAUGGUUG